GCUAUCUGUCGGCGCGCAGUCGGCGGGUUGACUCCAGAGAAGAGGCGCGAUGGGUCCGUGGCUGUCCUUGCUGGUGCUGGGGGCGGCGGCGGCGGCUCUGGGGGCGGCGCUGGGGGCGGAGGACUGGGGCGAGACGGUCCUCGUGCAAGUGAUCCACCGCCAUGGAGAUCGGUCUGCGAAGAGAACCUACCCCAACGACCCCUACAACGGCAACUGGAGCUACUACUGGCCCGAAGGUUUUGCCCAGUUGACCAAGGUGGGCUUCGAGCACGGCCACGAGCUGGGCCGGUUCCUGCGCGCGCGCUACGGCUCGCUGCUGCCGGCCAGGUACAACAUGAGCCGCCUGCUGGCGCGCAGCACCGACUCGGACAGGACGCUGCAGACGGCCGAGUGUGUGCUGGCGGGACUGUACCCUCCCCUGCACCACUCGUGGGGCCGCGUGCGCUGGCAGCCCGUGCCCGUCUUCUCCACGCCCUCCGAGCACGACCACAUCCUGAAGGUGCCCAGCUGCGACCUGCUGGACGCCGUGACCGACGCGGUGGCCGACACGGACGAGAUGAAGUGCGUGGACAAGAGGAUAAGCAAGGUGAAGAAGUACCUGAAGAAAGUCGCGGGGACCAGCCAUUGGAACCACGUGUUCGACGCCUUACGCGCCGAGGCGAGCCUGAACCUGACGCUCCCGGAGUGGUCCUCGGAGGUGUACCCCGACACCCUGUCCUCCAUCUGGGCGUGGACCAGGUGGCUGCCCACCCAGCUGCAGCAGAGAUUCAGCUCCGGCGGCCUGAUCCGCGAGCUGACGAAGCGCAUGGAGCAGGCGGCAGAUGGCAGCAGCAGCAGCGGUGGCGACAGGAAGAUGUACCUGUACUCGGCCCACGACACCAACAUCGUGAACCUGCUGUCCUCGCUGCAGGCCUUCAACUUCAUCGCGGUGCCCUUCACCGCCGCCGUGAUGCUGGAGCUGCGGAGACUGUCCGCGGGCGACUAUGCUGUGGCGAUGUGGUACCGGAACACGACCGCCCACGAGCCGUACCUGCUGACGGUGAGAGGCUGCGAGCCGCUGUGCCCGCUGGAGCGCUUCGUCAACAUCACCGCUCCGCUGGUGCCCACCGACUACGCCCAGGAGUGCUGCCAGAAGCUACCCAGCGGCUACAAGGCGCAGCUGGACAAGCCGUCGGUGGACAACCCAUUAUGGAAGGGCUGCAUAUAAAAUAAGCCCUGGACUUCUUCAAGAAACUGGUCAUAUGCAGUAUAUACUCAGCAAUAAAAUAUAGUUUAACGUUACUUCGUAUCUGUUAUGUAACUUAAUGUGAUAAAUGUUGUACGUACUACAAAA